CAAGCCCGCCGGCCAAGCUGGCGCUGGGGGCUGCUGGGAAAUGUAGUCGCCAGCCUGGCCCCGCGGCUGCGGUGUCACUAUCACGCCCAGAAGUGACAGCUCAGAAGUCUUCCCAGGAAACUCCAUCACCUCAUUGCUAGCUUCUUGACCCAAAGCAGCUGCCAUCUGCCCUCCCCUGGAGCAUUGGCUCCUUAGGCACAAGCAUGGACCAGUCUGUGGCCAUCCAGGAGACUCUGCUGGACAACGACUAUUGCAUCAUCGCCGUGCAGGGUGCGCUCUGUGAGGGAGACAGCCGGCAGAGCCGCCUCCUGGGGCUAGUGCGUUCCCGGCCAGAUCCUGCUCACCAGGAAUAUGCUCUCUUCCUAUAUUCACACCGGAGGAUGGCCAUCACCGGGGACGAUGUCUCUUUGGACCAGAUAGUGCCAGUUUCUCGGGAUUUUACGCUGGAAGAAGUGUCCCCAGAUGGUGAAAUGUAUAUCCUUGGCUCCGAUGUCACGGUCCAGCUGGAUACAGCAGAGCUCAGCCUUGUAUUCCAGCUCCCCUUCGGCUCACACACCAGGACGUUCCUCCAGGAAGUCGCCAGGGCCUGUCCUGGCUUUGACCCUGCGACCCGAGAUCCCGAAUUCCACUGGCUGUCCCGCUACAGGUGCGCAGAGUCCGAGCCUGAGAUGCCCACGCCGCGCGGUUGGAACUUGAGCCCUGGUACCCGGCCAGGGUGCGCGAGCAUUGGCGGAGGCAGGUAUCCGUCUCAGAGAGGGCGAGGGGGAUUGGAGGAGAACACUCUCCGCCCGAGGGGGUCGGGCCUCGUCGUGUUUGGGGGCGGAGCUAAGGCGCACACAGACUUGCGAUUGGUGGAGGGGGCAUGCGGGGGCAGGCCCGUCAGCGGGGUGCACGCCGGGGGCGGGCGGCGGGAUGAAGCGCUUGAGGAAGCUGGCCGGGAAAUGUCUGCCGCCUCCGGCUCACGGGAGCGCGACUCUGCAGGUGGUUCUAACUUUGACGACUUAAGGCCGAAAGGGAAAGUUGUGCCUAUGGAGAACAGCUCCAGGGGUCAGGAUAAACCAGACCACUUUCUCACAAGACAGAAUAAGUACAAGCCUGAAAUUACUACCAUGGUUCACUCCUCUACUGUCACAGUAUCAGACAAGGCUCAUAUCUUAUCCAUGCAGAAGUUUGGAUUGCGAGAUACAAUUGUGAAAUCACAACUAAUACAGAAAGAAGCGGACUAUACCUACAUCCAGAACUUCAGGUUUUUUGUGGGAACAUACAAUGUGAACGGACAGUCCCCCAAAGAAUGCCUCCGGCCCUGGCUGAGUCAUAGUGUUGAGGCGCCAGACAUAUACUGUGUAGGGUUCCAGGAACUUGACCUGAGUAAAGAAGCCUUUUUCUUUCAUGAUACCCCAAAGGAGGAAGAGUGGUUCAAAGCUGUGUCUGACGGCCUUCACCCAGGUGCUAAAUACGCGAAGGUGAAGCUCAUCCGGUUAGUUGGGAUCAUGCUGCUGCUGUACGUCAAACAGGAACACGCAGCAUACAUCUCAGAAGUAGAAGCCGAGACUGUGGGAACAGGAAUCAUGGGGAGGAUGGGUAACAAAGGAGGUGUGGCCAUCAGGUUCCAGUUCCAUAACACCAGCAUCUGCAUUGUGAAUUCUCACCUGGCAGCCCACACAGAAGAGUAUGAGAGGAGGAACCAGGACUAUAAAGACAUCUGUUCUCGAAUGCAGUUUUGUCAGGUUGACCCAAGUCGUCCCCCCCUCACCAUCGGCAAACACGAUGUGAUCUUGUGGCUGGGGGACCUCAACUACAGGAUAGAAGAGCUGGAUGUGGAAAAAGUGAAAAAGCUCAUCGAAGAGAAGGCCUUCCAAGCCCUGUAUGCAUACGAUCAGCUGAAAAUUCAGGUGGCUGCCAAUAUGGUCUUUGAAGGCUUCACAGAAGGUGAGCUUACCUUCCAACCUACUUACAAGUACGACACUGGCUCCGACAACUGGGAUACCAGUGAGAAGUGCCGAGCUCCUGCCUGGUGUGACCGGAUCCUCUGGAAAGGGAAGAACAUCACGCAGCUGAGCUAUCAGAGCCACAUGGCCCUGAAGACGAGUGACCACAAGCCUGUCAGCUCAGUGUUUGACAUCGGGGUGAGGGUCAUCAAUGAAGAGCUUUAUCGGAAGACUCUGGAGGAAAUUAUUCGCUCCCUGGAUAAAAUGGAAAAUGCCAACAUUCCUUCUGUGUCCCUCUCUAAGAGAGAGUUCUGUUUUCAGAAUGUGAAGUACAUGCAGUUGCAAGUGGAAUCCUUUACAAUUCACAACGGCCAAGUACCCUGUCAGUUUGAAUUUAUCAACAAACCUGAUGAACAGUCUUACUGUAAGCAGUGGCUAAGUGCCAAUCCCAGCCGAGGUUUUCUUCUGCCAGACUCUGCCAUUGAGAUUGAGCUGGAGCUCUUCGUGAAUAAGACCACAGCUACCAAGCUCAACUCCGGGGAAGACAAAAUUGAGGAUAUUUUGGUUUUGCACUUGGAAAGGGGAAAGGAUUAUUUUUUGUCUGUGUCUGGGAACUACCUGCCCAGCUGUUUCGGGUCUCCCAUUCAUACAUUGUGCUACAUGAAGGAUCCAAUCUUGGACCUACCACUUGAAACUGUUAGGGAGCUGACUCUGAUGCCAGUACCGACUGAGGAUGAUGGGAGCCGGCCGGAGAGCCCCAUGGAGAUCCCCAAGGAGCUCUGGAUGAUGGUUGAUUACCUGUACCGAAAUGCUGUGCAGCAGGAAGAUCUUUUUCAGCAACCAGGCCUGAGGUCUGAAUUUGAACAUGUUAGGGACUGUCUAGAUACUGGAAUGAUGGAAAACCUCUCUGCUAGCAAUCAUUCGGUGGCUGAAGCCUUGCUGCUUUUCCUGGAGAGCCUGCCUGAGCCAGUCAUCUGCUACAGCGCCUAUCAGCACUGCCUGGAGUCCUGCGGCAGUUACACAGCAAGCAGACAGGUAAUUGCUACUCUCCCCACAUUCCACAAAAAUGUCUUCAACUACUUGAUGGCCUUUUUGCAAGAGUUGCUGAAAAAUUCAAUAAAAAAUCACUUGGAUGAGAAUAUCCUAGCCAGCAUAUUUGGAAGUUUACUGCUUCGAAACCCAGCUGGUCACCUGAAGCUGGAAAUGGCCGAGAAGAAGAAGGCACAGGAAUUUAUCCACCAGUUCCUCUGCAACCCACUCUGAGCUGCCUCCUUUCCCGCUUUACCUGAGGCAGCCAGUGACCAGCCCCACCUGUUUGAGCUUCAGUGAUGUCUGGCAAGAGGAAUGGCAGCUGCCUGUGCCCUGAGCCUGGACGUCCUCCUCUGGCUGUGGGUUAGCACACUCCGUGCUGCCAUGAGUCAUGGAGACAGGGACAAGAGCCACCACAGUAAAACUGACAUUUGAGGUUCCACUUCACUUCUGUAACACAAAUCUCUGUUCGUUUUUAAUUUAAAGCAAUUUACUGUGCUCACUCAGCUGUUCUCCAGGGCAGUCAGUGCCUUCCCUAUAGCCUGGCCUGAGCACUCCAGUCAAAUGCUGGGACAAAUUUUGGAGUCCCAAGAGAACACACUGGGCAGCAAGGACACAAGAGGUGCUGCUGAAGCCAGAGGCCUUGGCCACCCGAGAGACUCCCGGGGUUUGGUCUGGGGCACGUGUAUACGCACGAGGGAACACCACCCCUCUCCAGCCUGGACAUGAGGCUGGCCACUUGGCUGCAGAGGGCAACACCGUGGCUUAAGAGUUCCAGCACUGAACCAGUAGGUGUUCCUGUGAAUUGAGUGGGCAUUUCGGGACCCAUGAAAUCCUCCAUGCUGUAAAUAAUGCAUCCUCUCACAUAUGUAAUAUAUUUUAAUGAUAAAUAUAUUUUUAACAGCA